UGAUAGUUAACUUUUGUUUACAUUUUUCUAGCUAGGCAUUAUUGUGUAUAUUUAUUAAUUUAAUUUUAGUGAAGUGAAGUCCCCAGCGUGAUUAUUAAUCUCCGCCUCUUUUAAUCUUAAGACUUUUGAUUACAAUGUCAAUGUAUAUAAAAACAUUAAAGUAGUUAAAAAAUCCUUCUUUCCAAAAAAUGUUAAUUUAAUCUUCUUACAGCUUGUGCACAUGAAUCAUGAGUCUAUAUUUAAAUAUAUCAUUAAACUGGGAGGAUAUAUGUGGCCCUUCUGGAUUUCACCCUUGGAAUGAGACAUCAAAGGAUUUCGGAAUAUGUUUUCAAGAAUUACUCCUACAGACUCCAAUGUAUUCUAUGUUAGCUGUUCUGUCAGCUUACUUUAUAGGAUACAGAAGAGAUUGGGUCAUUCGGGAGAAAACACAAGAACGUGCUAUUGCACUACGGAGUUUUAUUGUUCUUGUAUUAGUUCUUACACCCAUCGUACAGAUAUAUGCUUACUUAACAACUCCAAAUUUAAAGUUGUUUCCUGUUGAUUAUUUCAUCGCAGGGACUUCCUGCAUCACAUGGCUGGUGCACUUUGGAUAUGUAUUAGCAUUAAAACAUCGCUUGGGACAAAGUUCAAGAGGUCCAUUAUUGCCAUUGUUAUUGUGGGGUGCAGUUGCUUUAUUAAAUAUCAUAGAACUGAGAAGCACUAUAGUUAUGGGAGCUCCACCAGCAUUUAGUAUAGCUACUUUAUGCUGCCAUGCAUUAUACUUUUUGACUCUAUUACCUGGAAGUGAUUCCAGACCAACCUUUUAUUCUCCUUGCCUUGUGGGAUCCCAACACUCACAUAGUGAAUAUACCCCACUGCUUCCACAUGUGGAUGAAGGAAUAUUGGGAACUGCUAUGCAGGGUGCUAAUUAUUUAUCAAAAUUAACUUUCUCAUGGGUUAACCCACUGCUUGAUAAAGGUUUGGAUAAUAAACUAAAUGACAUUGAGGAACUUCAUGAUAUUCCUGCUAGAUAUAGAUGCUCAUAUGUGGGAGCAAGACUGGACAGAGCAUUGAUUGGAAACAUUGAUAACUAUCAACAGUUUAGAGAAGUACCACAUGAGCCAUUCAUAGGAUCAGGAGGUUAUGGAGCAACUAGGGAGUCUGUACCUCAAGUGUCGACACCUGUGACCCCAACAUCUCGAGUGAUAUUUAGGCCAGUGAGAAGACAAAAUGUUUCAUUGUUGAGAGCUCUACAUAGCUGUUUUGCACUUCAGUUUUAUGGAAUUGGCAUUCUUAAACUCAUAUCCGAUAUGGCUGGUUUCGCUGGUCCUAUACUCCUAAACAAAUUGGUGAAAUUUGUUGAAGAUGAUAGUAUAGAUCAACAUUUUGGAUAUGUUUAUUCAUCAUCCUUACUGGCUGCUGCUUUAGUAUCUGCAUUCUGCAAUGUUCAUUUCAAUUGGCUAAUGUCUAUAAUUGGAAUCAAAAUGAGAGGAGCAAUAGUGUCGACUAUACUUAGAAAGACGUUGAGUGUGACGGAGUCUGUUCUCACCACCACCUUCUCCAUUGGCGAGAUCACAAAUUUUAUGUCAACUGACACGGACAGGAUUGUUAACUCGUGUCCCAGCUUUCAUGCCUUGUGGAGCAUACCGUUACAGUUAGUUAUAACUUUACUUCUUUUGUAUGACCAAGUUGGGAUAUCGUUCCUCGCUGGAGUUGCAUUCUCGAUCAUUUUAAUCCCAAUCAACAAGGUUAUUGCAAACAAAAUUGGAGAAUUGAGCACAGAAAUGAUGAAGCACAAAGAUACUAGAGUUAACCUUAUAUGUGACUUAAUUAAAGGAAUAAGGACGGUAAAAGCUCAUGUGUGGGAAGAUUAUUUCAUAACAAGAGUUUCAGAUGCUAGAUCCCAAGAGCUGCGCUACCUGCGCGGCCGCAAGUACCUGGACGCGGUCUGUGUGGUCCUGUGGGCGACCACUCCGGUCAUCGUGGCAGCCCUGACGCUCGGCACGCACGCGCUCCGAGGACAGCCCCUUGACGCGCCUACCGUAUUCACAACAGUGGCUUUAAUAAACAUGCUGAUUUCACCGUUAAAUGCUUUUCCUUGGGUUUUGAACGGACUUACAGAAGCCUGGGUGUCUAUUAAACGUAUACAAAAACUGUUAAAUCUUCAUGAUAUGGACCCAGAGCGCUAUUACGGCAAGCUUAAUAAAAAUUGUGACGAGGACAAAAUUUUGAUAUUUAAAAAUGCAACAUUCACUUGGACAAAAGCAGUGGCGAAGAAAUGUCAUGCAAAAGUGAUGAAAAAUAAAGGGAAAUCUAAGAAAAAGUGGUCAAAGCGAAUACAGAGACGUGAUUCGGCUUCGUCGUCAGAAGUGAAUACUGAAGAGCCAUUCAUGUUAAGAGAUUUAUCACUAGAAGUAGGUCAAGAUGAGCUCGUAGGCGUUUGCGGACCCGUUGGUAGUGGAAAAACGUCUUUAUUACUUGCCAUUAUGGGUGAAAUGGUGAAACAAAGUGGUGAAAUACAGAUACCAGAGAAUCUAAGCAGUUUCGGUUACGCGUCGCAACAACCGUGGCUGGUGAGGGGCACGGUGCGAGACAAUAUUCUGUUCGGGAAGCCCUACGACGAGACUAAGUUCCGAGCUGUUGUUGAUGCUUGUGCAUUAACUGAUGAGCUAAAAGUGUUGGGGUACAACGCGUACGUUGGAGAAGGUGGCUGCACUCUUAGCGGCGGACAGCGCGCGCGAAUAGCUCUGGCCCGCGCCGUCUAUCAGGAUAAAAAAGUGUACUUGUUGGACGAUAUCCUGUCGGGUCUGGACUCUGGGGUUGCCCAGCACAUCAUGCAGCGCUGUAUCCUGGGCCUGCUGCGCCACACGGCCAGGAUCCUGGUGACCCACUCGCCCAGACACCUCGCGCGUGCGCACCGUGUUGUACUUCUGCAAGAGGGCGUUAUUCACGCUAUUGGGCCACCCGAGUCAGUAUUGAACGAGAUCGACGAAUUCUUACAAAGUGAAACCGAAUCCAUUGGCGAAGAGCCGAUGGAAACUGUCGAGGCUCAUAAAAGUGAGACGGAAGAUGACAACGUCAGCAGAGACAGCGUAAACAAUGACGAAGCGAUGUCCAUCGGCGCAGUCGGCUGGUGGGUCAUCGGAAUGUAUCUACGUUCGGUGGGAUCAUUCCUGACUGUAUCUAUUGUCAUGUCCCUAAUACUGAUGCAGCUGUCACAGAACUUCACAUUCCUCUGGCUCACGUUCUGGGUGAAGAGCCGCGCGACCAAUGCGACAGACCUGGCCUUUGACGACGUGCACGAGACGACGAGUCUGUUGGACCACGGCUAUAAUGCUAUGGAUAACAUCGUCCACGCAUUGGUCAAUGUCUCUUUAGCUGUCAUACAUAACUUGGAUGGCCACAACAACUUAGCUCCGAGUACAAAGGAAUUGACCAUAGACAAUAGAACUUUAACUCUGCCUGGAGCGUACACUAAUAAUUAUUAUUUGGAAAUGUAUUUCGCGUUGGCGGCUCUCAAUAUAUUGUUUACAAUAAUGCGAGCGUUUCUGUUUGCGUACGGAGGCGUGAAGGCCGCAGCCAAAAUACACAAGAUACUGUUGAAAGUUAUUGUGAAAGCAAAAGUAAAGUUUUUCGACAUAACUCCGACGGGGCGGAUCGUCAAUAGAUUCUCAUCAGAUACAUACACCGUAGACGACUCACUUCCUUUUAUUCUCAACAUUCUGUUGGCGCAGAUAUUUUCAUUGAUUGGUGCGGUGGCGGUGACUUUGUAUGGACUUCCCCGGUUAUUUGUUGGACUCAUACCUAUGGCCAUCAUUUACUACAGGUUACAACGCCGGUACCGCGUAACAUCUCGUCAGUUGAAGAGGCUUCAGAGCGUAGCGCUAUCUCCCAUCUAUGUUCAUUUCAAUGACACACUAGAAGGUGUGAGUUGCGUGCGAGGGAUGGGCGUGACGGAGAGUUGGUGCGAGCAUGGCGAGGAAGCGACUGAGCGUUGGCAGCGGGCGGCGUUGUGCGGCGGAGCGGCGGCGCAAUGGCUCGGGCUGAGGCUGCAGUGCGUGUCUGCCGCCGCCCUGGCUGCCGCCGCUGCGCUCGCGGCGCUGCAGCGGGCCACGCACGUCGCGGACCCAGGUCUCGUGGGCCUCGCAAUAUCGUACGCGCUAUCGAUGACGUCAAUGCUUAGCAAUGUAUUGAACGCGUUCACGGAGACAGAGCGGGAGAUGAUCGCCGUCGAAAGAGUCGGGGAAUAUAUUGAGCAGGUGAAAAGCGAGAAAGUUGAAGGAGAAUCUCCACCAUACGGCUGGCCAACACACGGAGUUAUUAGUUUUGAGGAUGUCUAUCUUAACUACAGUGAGAGCAGCACCAGUAGCCCCGCUCUCCGCGGCGUGUCGUUCUCCAGUCACCCGGGCGAGAGGGUCGCCGUGGUGGGGCGCACGGGCGCCGGCAAGAGCUCACUGUUGCGGGCCAUUCUGAGACUGACUCCCGCGCGGAGCGGACGUGUGCUCAUCGACGACGUUGACGUCUCUACGUUACAUCUACACGCACUUAGGUCGCGAAUCGGCAUAAUACCUCAAGAACCGUUUAUAUUCACGGGCAAUAUACGCGACAACGUCGACCCCCUGCGCCAGUACUUGGACAUAGACGUGUGGCGGGCCUUAGACGCGUGCGGGGUGCGGGACGCGGUGGUCGCGCGGGGGGGGCUGCACGCCGCCGCCGACAAGCUGGCUCGCGGACACAGGCAGCUCUUGUGUCUGGUGCGAGCUAUACUGCAGCGAGCUAAGAUUCUUCUAGUCGACGAGGCGACUGCUAAUCUUGACCAAGAGACGGAGCGGUUGAUACUAGAUACGAUCCGUAGUUCGUUCAUAGGUUGUACCGUAUUGUUUAUUGCUCAUAGACUAACCGGCGUUCUAGAGAGUUCCAGGGUCAUCGUAAUGUCGGCGGGGAAAGUGGUCGAGAUGCGAGACCCAGACGAUGCGCUCUCCGAUCCAACGUCUCAUUUGUAUCAACUAGUCCAUCCGGAUAACUAAUCCCCCGCGCCCGCUCACCUUAGUUGGUAUUAGGAGUCUAUUGGGUUCUAUUCAGGUUUACUAUAUUGGUAGUUCCUUUAUCGUCAUCGUGUUUAUAGUUCAAUACGUAUCGAUGGCCUUAAGGAAUUCUAUAUAUCAUGGUCAUCAUAAAUGUAACCUAUGUGUACUGAUUAAAAUAUCAUAGAACAUUUGAAUUCAUUACCAGAAAAAAAGUAUUAUAUAUUUUUAUUAUUUUUACUAUAAGUUUCAUUUCAAUAAUCAAGACCAUAAAGAAGCAAUUUUCGGACAUUGACAUUAUGUAUGCUGUAAAAGUAGGAUACCUUUACGGAGAUUUUUUAAAGAAUACCCCACAUACGAGUAUAUGGGGUAUGUCUUUGUCCAUGUCUUUGGGUAUUUCUGUGGAGAAACAGUAGUAUUUUAAAUCUUAUCAUUAAAAUUUUGGCAUAUUUAGUCUUAAGUGUUAUUAUUUUGCAAUCCAACGAGCGGGCACGAAUAUACUUCACUACAAUGUGUGUGUAACUACAUCACACGAAUGACACGAGCGGUUUCUAGCGAUGCACAUGCGAGGGUGUACACACUUUAUUUGCAGGUCGAUCUGGCUCCGACGCGGAAAGACUUUAAUUACACAAUUCGUUCAAACUUAAGAAUUAUUAAGAAAGUUACUUUACAAUAAAUUUAUUGAACUGUGAUGGCGCGUUAUAAAAUAGGCUGUGAGGUCAAUGUCCGAAAUCAUUACUGCCCCGCGUACUGAGCGUUCAAUUUAGGAAAAUAAGAAGAACCGAGUGUGAUAAUAUGUAACAAAUUGUAUGGAGUUGUGACGGAGGACUUAUGGGAGAAUGUCUCUUGUGUCUGUAAUUUACUAUGUUAUUAUUCAUUAUUUAAAAAUGUACAUAUUGUGUGAAGUUUAAAAAAAGUAUUUUAUUGUAAUGUUUCAGUCUUAGUUUAUUUUUAUACUAAUUAAUCCAUUAAAAGCAACAAACAUAAGCAUUCCUUUACUUAACUUUUCAACAGCAUUUUUUUUUUUAUUUAGACUAUUCGAGCCUUAUGAAUCUAGGCUGCCUCGCCAAAGAAAUAGAAUAUUAUGUUCGUAGUUAUAAUUUAAAAUUUAAUUUCUGUUGCGUGGAUUAUUAACUUUCACAUGGUCAUCUUUAAUAGUAAAAUUUAAUUCGUUUAAACGUUUUUAUAAGAAUAAUUAAUAUCUCUUUUCAUUUAAGCCUAGGUGUUUCAUUAUUAUAAAUGCGAUUUUAUCUUGCCGCAAUAAGAAAAUAAUAAUUAUGUACCGUUGAAUAUUAUAUUUUUUUUUUCUUUUAGCACUGUUGUUCUUAAUAAAAUCAUUUUAGACUAUUUAAUGGACAAAUUAAAUUAAUUUAUAUAAUAUAUUUAAUUUUUGUUGUAUUGUGAACACAAGAAAUAGGACACAAAUUAUGAACAUGUGAUAAAAUAUGCCUAGAUAUUAUAUUUUUAAUAAUCAAAUGCUCAAAAUUGUU